UCUUUUUCUUUAUUUCUGCCGUUUCUUCGUUGGAUUCUUCUGGUAGGUGAUGAUAGAUAGAGUUAAAAGAAAGAUAAGAUGGUGGUCAUCUUGUGUUAUUGAGAUUCCUCUGUGCCUUUCCUUAUCUUGGAGCCAGGGGAUGGAUGUAUCUCUUUCCACCUAGUCGCUUGCGUCGUUUCAUUGUAAAACAAUAAUCUAAUCUUGAUUGCGGAAUCUUGUGUUUUCUUUUUGUUUUUUUUUGUUUUUUUCCUUCUUCUUCUUUUUCUUUCUAUCUUUUUUCCCUCUUUUACCCCUUAGGUUUUAAAAUUCCAAAUCGUAGGGCAAGAGGUCGUAUGAUUGGUUUCUUGGAGUAAACCUAAUGUUGAGCGAGACGAGGAAAACGUGCGAUCAUUCGGUAGAUCGGAUUCGUGCCUCAAGCAACUAAUCUUCUUCUCUAUGGAAGGUUUGGUUUGAGGGGAGAUUAGCAGCAUUUUCAGAUAAGUUUUGAUGGUUAGAGCUGAAGUCUUUGGGAAUUCCUUAAACUAUCUAUCUACUACUUCUCUUGAGUUCUUGAAAUCAUCAGAUCUCGCGCUAGAGAAGUCGAAUCGAAUCUUUGAGCACCGCAAGGAUUGUAAUAAUGUGAGGCGAGGCUGUUUCGGUGCCGAAAAAUCGACGCAGCUGUAAACAUAGAAACGCCAUCGGAAAAGCGCGAUUUUUGACGGGAGCUCGACGAUGUCCUCCCAUCCACCAUCAAGUUUCCGGACUCGUGUCGUGGAUGGAGUGAUGGGGCGCAGCAGGAGGAGCCGCCCCAAAGCUUGGCCGCCUUCCACCUCUAUUCUUUGUCCCAAACAACCAUCACCAUCAGUUCUGCUGCAGAGUGAUGGGGGUGAUGAGCUCUCUGAUUUUAGGAAUUCCAUGCCGGCUCGAGGAAGUGGGUCCGAGAGUCCGGUGCUCGCCCUUCCCAACACGGUGGGUGUCAUAGGAGGCGCAUCGGCUGUUUCCACCAUCGGUUUCUUAGAGAAGCUUGUGGCGUGGAGUUCGCGAGAUGGAGGGGCGGCUCUCCCUUUCAUCGUCUGCAGCGACCCGGUGCUGAACAGAGAGCUGUCUUCCCGUAAGAGGAACCCCACUUCAAGAAACACCGACUCGCGAAUCGAUCAUGCUUCCAUCGUGGAGAAUCUACGGUGCAAGAGGAUCUUUUUGGAGAGCUCUGGAGCUCGUUGCAUGGUUAUGCCAUGUCAUAUCUCGCACUCCUGGCAUGAUGAAAUUUCCCAGGGCUGUUCGGUACCCUUUCUUCAUGUCGGUGAAUGUGUUGCCAAGGAACUCAAGGCAGCCAACCUGAAGCCCGUGGAAGCUGGAAGCAACUUGCGUAUAGGAGUUCUUGCCACGGAUGCCAUACUGCCUGCUAGAUUUUAUUCAGAGAAACUCCAAAACCAGGGAUUUGAAGUUCUAUUACCAGAUAAGGCAACCAUGGAGCAUGCUGUUAUUCCUGCCGUGGAGGCAUUUAACAGGAAGGAUGUGGAAGGCGCAAGAAAUCUACUGAGGAUAGCGCUCCAAGUUCUUCUGGUGCGGGCUGUAAACACCAUUAUACUUGCCUCUGAUGACAUGCGAGGACUCUUGCCUCGGGACGACCCACUCCUGAAGAAAUGCAUAGAUCCUAUGGAUGCUUUGGCUAGAGCCACAAUACAGUGGGCUGAUUCCAAGGCAAACAAUGAACAAUAGUCCCUGUGGGAAGUAGGACUUGUAUUAUUUUUAUUUUUAUGAUAAAUAUAUUCAUUGUAUUGCCGCAUAUAUUAUUACCAUAUGAUCACAGGAAUUUGGAUGUUCGUCAUCAUUGUAUAUAUGGUCGGCCCGGUUGAUGGCACAAAUUAUUAAUCAUCAUACGUUGCAUUUUAUGAAUUGUGAUGAGAACAUAACGAGUGGAA